AUGCCGCUGCCGGCCGUGGCCGCGGCCGCCUGCCGCCGACGCCGCGGCUCCCGUCGCCGCCGCGCGCCACCACCGACGCCGGCGACCGUGCCCCUCCGGCCGUCGCCCGGCGCCCCACCUCGCCGCCUCCUCCUUCCAAUACGGCCUCUCCUCUCCUCCCGCCGACGAGACGCACCACCGCCCCGGCGAGCGCCCUCGAGGUCCGGCCCCGAUCUGGAUCCAGUCACUGCCGCGCCGGACGCGUCCGCUCCGGCCGGACAAGUCGCAGCCGCCCCCGCGGCCAACCCGCGGCUGCCACGUGGCAAGCCCGUCGCCGCCACCGCCGGAGCCCGCGGGCCCAACGCCGGCCCUCCCGGCCCGCAGCUCCGCCGCCCGACGCCCGCCGGCUCCCGCCGCAGCCCUCCGCCGUGCCCGCCGGCGCGCCGCCCCAUGCCGCUGCCGGCCGUGGCCGCGGCCGCCGACGCCGCGGCUCCCGUCGCCGCCGCGCGCCACCACCGACGCCGGCGACCGCGCCCCUCCGGCCGUCGCCCGGCGCCCCACCUCGCCGCCUCCUCCUUCCCCUACGGCCUCUCCUCUCCUCCCGCCGACGAGCCGCACCACCGCCCCGGCGAGCGCCCUCGAGGUCCGGCCCCGAUCUGGAUCCAGUCACUGUAG